AUGCCACUGGCCACCCAACCGCAGCCCUCCCCUGGCCGCCUGCUGCAGCCUGAGGGCGAGGGCUGCUACACUUGGGCGGAUGGCAGCACGUAUGAGGGCGCGUGGCAUGCGGGCCUCAAGCACGGCUGGGGCAAGUACCGCUGGCCCAACGGCGCCUGCUACCAGGGCGAGUGGCGGGACGGCUUCAUGCAGGGCUACGGCACUUUCGAGUCGCCGGAUGGCGCGCGCUACGCGGGCAACUGGCAGGGCAACCUGAAGCACGGCAUCGGCAAGAAGGUGUAUGCCAACGGCGACGCAUACGAGGGCCUGUGGCGCAACGGCAAGGCCGAGGGGCCCGGCAGGUAUGUGUGGCACAACGGCAACCAGUACGACGGCGAGUGGCGCGGCGGCAAGAUGCACGGCCAGGGCACCCUCAAGUGGAUCACAGGU